CUAAGGAGGCAUAUAAUCACGUUGCAGGCCUAGUUAGUGGAAAGGUGCACCCAAACCGAGGUGUAGCAGGUUACACCAACCAUGGAAAGCAAGUUGACAGGUACAGAGAUUAGAAAUCUGUUUGUGGAUUUCUUCAAGGAGAAGGAACACAUUUAUGUACAUUCCUCCUCAGUUGUUCCCCUUGAUGAUCCCACUCUUCUGUUUACCAAUGCUGGAAUGAAUCAGUUCAAGCCCAUCUUUUUGGAGAUCGUAGAUCCCAAUAGUGACAUGGCUAAGUAUGUGAGAGCUGCCAACUCCCAGAAAUGCAUCAGAGCGGGAGGAAAGCACAACGAUUUAGAUGAUGUGGGAAAAGAUGUGUACCAUCACACAUUCUUUGAAAUGUUGGGAAAUUGGUCAUUUGGAGAUUACUUCAAGACUGAAUGCUGUGGCUGGGCCUGGGAAUUUUUGACAGAGAGAGUUGGUCUUCCUAAAGAUCGCCUGUAUGUCACAUACUUUGGUGGAAAUGAAAAGUACGGACUACAGCCAGAUGAAGAAACAAGGAACAUUUGGCUCAACUUAGGGGUACCCCCAGAGCGUGUGUUACCAUUUGGGAUGAAGGAUAACUUCUGGGAGAUGGGAGAGACAGGCCCCUGUGGUCCGUGUACAGAGAUUCACUAUGACAAGGUCGGAGGCCGUGAUGCUAAAGCCCUAGUUAAUAUGGAUGACCCUGAGGUCAUUGAAAUCUGGAAUCUUGUGUUCAUACAGUUUAACAGAGAAUCAGAAACCGAAUUGAAUGAGUUACCAAGGAAACAUUGUGACUGUGGUAUGGGACUGGAACGUCUUGUGUGUGUGAUGCAGGGGAAAACAUCCAACUAUGACACAGAUCUCUUCACUCCGUACUUUGACUUCAUACAAAAAGCAACAAAUUCUCCGCCAUACCAAGGGCGUGUUGGAAAAUCAGAUGUGGAUGGAGUGGACAUGGCCUACAGAGUGUUGGCGGAUCAUGCCCGGACACUGACCAUAGCUCUGGCUGAUGGGGGACAACCUGAUAACAUGGGAAGAGGCUAUGUAUUGAGAAGAAUUCUGAGGCGUGCAGUGAGAUAUGGCUCAGAAAAACUAAAUUCCAAACCAGGAAUGUUUGCUUCAUUAGUAGAUGUGGUUGUGGACUCUCUGGGAGAUGCUUUUCCAGAACUUAGAAAAGACCCAGAUAUGAUCAAAGAUAUCAUCAAUGAAGAGGAAGCUCAGUUUUUGAAGACAUUAAACAGAGGUCGAAGGUUACUAGAAAGAACUAUAGGCAAACUAGGGGACACAACUUCUCUACCAGGUGACAUUGCGUGGAGGUUAUACGACACAUAUGGAUUUCCUGUGGAUCUGACGGAGCUGAUGGCCGAGGAGAAGGGCCUCAAGGUAGACAUGCCAACGUACGAGUCCGCCAAAAAAGAAGCUCAGAUUUUGUCCCAGGGGUCAGGAGGAACUGUAGCUGACUUGAUUGGGCUGGAUGUACACUCAAUCAGUGACCUCCAGAACAGGGGGGUUCCCACCACAGAUGACUCCCCAAAAUAUAAAUACCAGGCUACAGAGAAUGGCAAAUACACAUUUGAACCAGCUACCGGUAAAGUGCUGGCCCUGCGUAAGAACAAGGAGUUUGUAGAUGAGGUGACCUCGGGACAAGAGUGUGGGGUAUUACUGGAUCAGACCAGCUUCUACGCCGAGCAGGGAGGCCAGAUCUAUGACACAGGCUUCAUGGUCAAAGAGAAUGAUCCAGAUGUGGAGUUUAGUGUGAGGAAUGUGCAGGUCAGAGCUGGUUACAUCUUACAUACUGGUGUUGUAGAGGGAGUUCUCAGAGUGGGAGACACUGUACAACUCAAUAUUGAUGAGGAAAGGAGAUGUUCUGUCAUGAAGAAUCACACAGGGACCCACAUGCUGAACUUUGGACUUCGAGAAAUACUCAAGGAGGCGGACCAGAGGGGCUCACUGGUGGCUCCAGACAGGCUCAGAUUUGACUUCUCCGCCAAGGGUGCAAUGAAAGUAUCAGAAGUAAAGCAGGUGGAGGAGAUUGUUAACAAAAUGGCUGACAAAAAUGGAGAAGUGUUUGACAUGAAUGUCAGUCUGGCUGUUGCCAAGGCGAUACAGGGUCUGAGAGCUGUGUUUGAUGAGGUGUAUCCAGACCCAGUCCGUGUCGUGUCUGUAGGGGUAGAUGUCAAGGAUCUAGUGGACGACCCCAUGGGCCCAGGUGCCUCUCUCACCUCCGUGGAAUUCUGUGGGGGAACACAUUUGAAAAGAUCUGGACAUAUAGGGCGCAUGGUGAUAGUGUCUGAGGAGGCCAUUGCUAAGGGGAUCAGAAGAAUUAUUGCUCUUACUGGACCUGAGGCUGUCAAGGCGCUACAUAAGGCUGCUCUGUUGGAGAAGUCCCUGUCUCAGCUACAGACCGAGGUAGAGGAAGGCUUAAAAUCUAAAUCUGUCUCGGAGAAAGAGCUCACACGCAAAAUAGUCUCCUUUGAUGAUGAAGUUUCUCAGUCUUUGAUAUCUUACUGGAAAAAAGAUGAACUUCGAUCUCAGGUGAAAAAACUCAAACAGAAGAUGGACGACCUAGAUAAGAACAGGAAAGCAGCCAUAAUGACAGAGGUGGUUGAGGAGGCAAAGAAGAUGAUUGAAAGCAAUCCUAACCAGAAAUUUGUUGUGCAUGAAUUCAAAGCUGAUGCCAAUGCAAAGGCCCUGGAUGCUGCAAUGAAGCAAUACAAAGCGCUCAGUCCUGAAACUGCUGCACUCUUCUUUACAGUCGAUCAGAAUGCUGGAAAAAUUGUCUGCAUGAGCUGUACACCAAAGUCCAGUAUAGCUGCUGGUUUGACUGCUAAUGGCUGGGUAAAUGAAGUUGUUCCCCUUAUCAAUGGUAAAGGAGGGGGUAAGGAAGCCUCAGCUCAAGCCACAGGUACCAAGACAGGGGCCCUCAAAGAGGCCAUCAACAUUGCCACCAAGUUUGCAGAACUUAAACUUUCUUGAUGAAGGAAUUGUGGGAUAGAUCUGAUAAAGGAAUCAUGGGAUAGUUUAUCUGGAUAUUGUAAUUUACAUCAACAUAAAGUCGCAACUCUCGGACAUUUGUUUGAAGCAUUUUUGCACAUUUAAAACAAACACAUGUAUGAGUAUUUUAGGGUAUUUCAGAUUCUUUUGGACUUGAUAAUUACAACAUCAUUCAUAAAUUAAGAAUCUAUCAAGUGUGAAAUAUACAACAAUUGUAUGACAAUGUGUAUGUAUUUAAAGUGAGUUACAGCUGCAGUUUGUGAAUUUCACAAAAUCUCUUUUUUUAACAAAGGACUUUAUGACUUGGUAUUUUGUCUCCACAAAUAGGCAGGUCUAACAUAAAAUGAUAUACAAACACAGUAAUAAUUAAAAUAGAUGUAUAUUCUCUUCAACUCAAACACAGGACUUGAAUGCAAUAUUUAUUGACUAUGAAAAAAGAAAUCAAGUGUAUCUGUUGAACGUAUUAAAGAAAAAUGUUAAAAAAUAAAAUGAAAUUCUUGAUACA